AUGGCUCAAGGUGCGUUCACCCAAGUUCACUGUUCAGCUCUUCCAAUACCCCUUCCCCCUUCAAGUUCUCCUAUUUCAUUGUUGAACUCUCAAAUACUACACCUCACCAAUAUGGGACACAGGAAUAAACCAAAAAACUUUCUAGGUGAUAUGGGUUUCAGGUCAAAACGGAAACAAAAAGCUGCUACCCCCCCUAGGAUUACUCGUCAAAAAGCUCAAUCAAUCUCCGCUUCUCUCGGCAUCACCACUAAUCCUAUUCCAGCUUCAAAUGAAAAUCCCGACAAAUCACCAGAUGAACUCGAUUUAAAUAACUUUAUACCUUUCCCUGACAAACCAGAAGCUCCUGCUUCUCAGAUCCCUGAUGCCGCCCAUGUUUUUGCUCAAGAAAGUUGUGGUUGGUGGAAUGCAGAGGCUUGA